AUGGUGAACAUCCCAGAAGAUAUUAUGUUAGACAUAUUGGUUAGGUUGCCCGUGAAAUCGAUUGGGCGAUUCAGGUGCGUAAACAAAGCUUGGUCCAACUUAUUGAAAGACACUAAAUUUGUUAAAAUGCACCUAAAACAUGCAGUUGAAAUGAACAAAUUAAGUCUUAUGCUUCGUCAGGAUAGCGAUAGCAUUAAAACCAUAGGUUAUAAUCUAUCGUUGUCUACAGAUAAUGGUCUCGUGAAUGUCGAUUAUCCCCUUAAAUAUGAAACCAGAGGAGUUCAAUGUUUGGGAUAUUGUGAUGGAUUGGUUUGGUUUGUUUGCGAGGGCUGGCUUGCGACAAGUCAUGUUUGCAUUUGGAAUCCGGCUACAAAUGAAUAUAAAGAAUUACCGGUUACACCACCUGAGUCACUAAACGGCAUGAGACGUUUUGAAUGUGGAUUUGGUUAUGAUUACGAGAUUGAAGAUUUCAAAGUGGUGAGUCUAAUGAGCUGCGAUUCUUUUGAGGGUUUUUGGUCCGAGGUUCAAGUUUACACAUUAGGAUCGAACUCAUGGAGAGGAAUUGGAAAAAUCCCUUAUGAUGUUUAUGAUCCAAUGGCUGAUAUGGCACGGGUGCCUGUUAAUGGAGCUCUUCACUGGAUCGUUGUACGUACCACUGGUGCUUCGAGUGUUAUCAUUUCUUUUGAUUUAGCACAAGAGAUUAUCCAAGAGAUAGCACUGCCUAACUAG